UGCAUUGUUCUUACUCGUCGCGAUGCUCGUAUCCCUGAUGCUGCCCGUCUGGGAAAUCGAAGACGAAGAAUUUGAGGAAGUAUUAAAUGACCAAAACUCGGUUCCUCGCGCGAUGAUGAUACGAUCGCGCUACGUAGCAGGCCACACGCGCGCGCACAGCGAGCUGUGCCCCGACCGCGGCGCGCGCACCAGCCUCGUGGUCCUCGUGGCGUCGGCGCCGGCGCACCGCGCGGCGCGCGAGGCCAUCCGCGCCACCUGGGCGCUAGCGGCGCGCCCCAACCACGUCGCGCUCGCCUUCCUGCUCGGCGUCUCGCCCCCGCACCUGCGCGACGCAAUACUCGACGAGGACGCUCGCUAUCAAGACCUCAUCGAAGCCCGCUUCGAAGAUACCUACCUAAACCUACCCCUAAAAUCACUUUCGAUGCUGGAAUGGUUCGCGGCCUACUGCCCGCUAGCUCCUCAUUUGUUCAAAACUGAUGACGACAUGUUCGUCAACAUCGAGCAGCUGCUCAGUUUUAUCGAAGACCACAACACAACGAACACGAUCUGGGGGGAGGUGUUGGAGGGCAUAAAGCCGCCGCGAGACAUGCGGUUCAAGUACUCCGUCCCGGAGGAAGAGUACCCUGGGGCGAGGUACCCGACAUAUGCAGUGGGGCAUGGGUAUUUGGUGAGUGGCGACGCGGUGCCGGCGCUGCUCGACGUCGCUCCAGGCGCGCGGUUCGUGCGUCUAGAAGAUGUGUUUAUGGGAGUGCUGGCCGCCCGUGCCGGGGUCCGCGUCGCGCACGCGCCCGAGCUGCUGCUGGCGGGGGCCGCCGCCGCGUGCGCCGCGCGCCGCGCCCUCGUCAUGGAGGCGCGGCUGCACGAGCAGUACGCGCGCUGGGCCAUGCUGCUCGACCCGGACAUCGCUUGCUGACAUUACACAUUUACCACGGAAUUUGAAAUUGAAU